AUGGACUUGUCCAGGGAAGGCGAAACGUCUCUGAGAAGCGAAACGUCCGAAGUCGAAGAAUCAGCGGAGGUGAGAAGCACUCUGUGAUUUCAAUCAGAUACUUUGCUUUUAUAUGCUUUAGCUGAAUUGCGUUUUAAAGCUUCUCCACUUUCUAAAUUAUUUUAGGAACCAGACCCAUGUAAUUGUAAGAGUGCUUGCUCAACCCGAAGAAAGGAGGGUUCAACGAGAGGUUGCGCUUGUCGGUGCGGGAAGCCUUCUAAACCCUGCCAAAAUAAGGUGAGAUAAAAAGAUAUUUCUUUCAUCUUUGUAUGUAAGGCUUUAGGUCAAUUAUCGUUUGCGCUAGUGCUUCUCAAGUCACAAUGAAAUGGUCAAGGCACUUUACAGAUAUUCCGAGAUGUGAAUAUAAACAUCUAGUACGCUAACCGAACUCAAGCUUAUUAUUACCCACGAAAAUUACGAAGAAGCUAAAACAACUUGCUAGCCUAUGUUCAUUCUUCUGUGAAAUUUGAGAACUACUCAUAGACACAAUAAUUUGUUGUUGAACAGGCUAAUGCUACGAACCCUGCUAGGGACAACCAAGCCACUCAACGCCCAAGCGAAGAGAAUGAGCGUGUUGCUGCAAACCAACAAGUCAAGGUAAAAUGUCAAUUAUUGACCCAGGAUUUGCGACGCUUCUAUUAUACUUUGUACAACGUUGUUUCUACAAAGCUCAGGACCUCUAUUGCAACGCGUUACGAUGCAUAACAAAAGAAUAUUGUCACAAACAGGGUGUAAGUAACUUAUAUUUUUAUGGGUUUUUAUUAUACAAGUCUUCAUCUUCCUGUCAUUUUAUUCAAUCGAAAUUCGGGACACAGGCACAGAAAUUUGACUCACUGAGUUGUAAUAUGCUCCUGAACCGACCACUAUUCCUUAUGGGUGUGCAGAAACUAAUAUGCUAACUCUUUGUCGUGGGCCUUCAAGUUUUUGUCACUCUUUUAUAUGCUAUAGUUAUAGAUACCAAUGUCCCACUAAUCCAUACUUGCCACAUAAAUGAACAAGGACUGGAGAUGUUAUGGAUCUGCUAUAGGAUCAUCAUUCCAAAUGAAUGUUGUUCUCUAUAAUUUGCAGGAUUUCAUAAACACACUUGACUCAGAGACCGUAAAGAAACUGUGCAUUAGAAGCCUGAGACGGGGAAUUGGAAGUCUAGAUUAUAUAGACUCCUUGCUCAUUAUGGAAGAUGAUCUGGAUAAUGAUAAUAAUGAAGAUGACAUUGCUGAGGCGCAUAGUCCUGCAGCUGAGGCUAGUAUCACAAUAACACCACCACCCCAACCCAUCCCUCUGCAGAGGCAAGGACCACGUCCUGAGUGGUGUGUAUGUGGGAAUUGCCGCAACAUGCCCCUGGAGGUGGAGAAGGUGUGCUGUAGGAAAAAAAACUGCGAUGCCAAAAAACCAAGAUUCAAAAAACUGUGUUUGGACCCUGAUUAUCUUGAACUGUCAAUAAAAAGCAGUGCUGAUAUCAGGAAUGACAGGCAAAACAACAGCACUAGAAGUUUUAGAAAAGCUGCUUAUCGCCACUAUAUUCUUGAUAAGCAUGGAUAUUUAGGCAAGGGAAGGAGGAGAGUUGCACCAUCAUGUGUUGUCUGGGAAAUCCGUGAACAUUACCCAUCUUCUACUGGCAUCUACAUGGGUUUCAAGGAGCGCUGA